AUGCUGGCUGGUAAUGGCUGCAUUGCUCCCACCAAGGUGGCUGCAACUAGUACUACUGUUGCUGCUGCAUUAUCAGCAGCCGUGCACAUGCAGCCACCCAAUGACCAACAGCUGACGCUUCCUCACUCCCCCCACCUCCCUCCCUCCGCGAUCGUUACUGAAAGUGGCCGGUGCAGCCAGUGGCAGCCCAACCCCGUCGAAGCAGAAGGAAGGGUUCCUACAGGAGGCCAGUGGCUGCCCAUCCCCCUGAAGCAGGAGGAAGGGCUACACUGGCAGAGGCCAGAGGCUACCUAUCCCCGCCAAAGCAGGAGGAAUGGCUCCACCGACAGCUGCCCGUCCCCGCCGGAGCAGGAGGAAGGGCUCCACCGGCAGCUGCCCGUCCCUGCCGGAGCAGGAGGAAAGGCUCCACCCGCAACUGCCUGUCCCUGCCGGAGCAGGAGGAAGGGCUCCACCGGCAGCUGCCCGUCCCUGCUGGAGCAGGAGGAAGGGCUCCACCGGCAACUGCCUGUCCCUGCCGGAGCAGGAGGAAAGGCUCCACCGGCAACUGCCCGUCCCUGCCGGAGCAGGAGGAAGGGCUCCACCAGCAGCUGCCCGUCUCCGCUAGAGCAGGAGGAAGGGCUCCACCGGCAGCUGCCCGUCCCUGCCGGAGCAGGAGGAAGGGCUCCACCGGCAGCUGCCCAUCCCCGCCGGAGCAGGAGGAAGGGCUCCACCGGCAGCUGCCCAUCCCCGCCGGAGCAGGAGGAAGGGCUUCACCGGCAGCUGCCUGUCCCCGCUAGAGCAGGAGGAAGGGCUCCACCGGCAGCCAGAGGCUGCCUAUCCCCGUUGAAGCAGGUGGAAGGGCUCAAUCUGCAGAGGCAAGAAGCUGCCCAUCCCUGGCUGAGGCCAGAGGCUGCCCAUCCCCGCAAAAACCGAAGGAAGGGUUUCACAGGUGGAGGCCAGGAGAGGCUGCCCAUCCCCGCUGAAGUAGGGGGAAGGGCUCGACUGGUGGAAGGAGAGGCUGCCAAUUCCCGCCGAAGCAGGAGGAAGGGUUCGAUAGUUGGAAGCCAGGGGCUCGACCGGCAGAGGCCAGGAGAGGCUGCCCAUCCCAGCCGAAGCAGGGGGAGGGGCUCGACCGGCGGUGGCCAGGAGAGGUUGCCCGUCCCCGUCGAAGCAAGGAGGAGGGGCUCGACCGGCGGUGGCCAGGAGAGGCUGCCUGUCCCAGCUGAAGCAGGGGGAGGGGCUCGACCGGAGGUGGCCAGGAGAGGUUGCCCGUCCCCGUCGAAGCAGGUGGAAGGGCUCAACAUGCAGAGCAGACUGCCCAUCCCUGGCAGAGGCCAGAGGCUCCCAUCCCCGCAGAAAACAGGUGAAACUGCUCCACUAGCUUAG